AUGGUCCACAAGCACGAAGGGUCGGCAACGCCAACUCCCGGCCGACCGCCAUCGAUGUUGAGACAGAGCAUCGACGGCCGGGCUGCGCUGGUGGCUGAUGGGUUCAACGAUGGCCGUGUCAAUAUAAAUAUCAAUCAAAGAACCAGGAAAUUCUCCGACCUCCUCGGCCAUACUCUCCGGGCCCAGGUAGCCGCGGACGCUGUCGCUUCCCCCGCCUCACCCUCUAUACCGUACAUUCCACCAACCCUGGGCGGUGAACCCGGCCAAACACCCCCACCGAGACUCAACGUUGUCGUUCAAAUUGUCGGGUCGCGCGGCGACGUCCAACCGUUCGUUGCGCUAGGCAAAGUGCUCAAGGAAACCUACGGCCACCGCGUUCGCAUAGCGACCCACCCUACAUUCCAGAAGUUUGUCGAGGAGAAUGGGCUCGAGUUCUUCAGUGUUGGGGAGACCCGGCCGAGCUCAUGGCCUUCAUGGAAGGACCUAGAGAUGAAUUAUGACGAUACUGCGACUCUACCAGGCGACCCGACAGACAAGCCCUUUAUUGCCGAUGCCAUCAUUGCGAAUCCUCCGAGCUUCGCGCAUAUUCACGUGGCCGAGAAGCUCGGCAUCCCGCUACACAUGAUGUUCACCAUGCCCUGGUCACCUACCCGAGCGUUUCCCCAUCCGCUCGCAAACAUUUUGUCGUCAAACACGGACGACGUGAUGACCAACUAUGUCUCCUAUGCCCUCGUCGAGAUGAUGACGUGGCAGGGCUUGGGAGAUGUCAUCAACCGAUUCCGUAACACGGUGCUGGACCUUGAGCCUUUGUCUUUAAUUUGGGCCCCAGGCCUUCUCACAAGGCUACAGAUCCCCUACACAUACUGCUGGUCGCCGGCGCUCAUCCCAAAACCGAAUGACUGGCAGCGCAACGUUGAUAUCGCCGGUUUCUUUUUCCUUGACUUAGCCAACUCUUAUACUCCGGAACCAUCUCUUGUCCAAUUCCUAGAAGCUGGUCCGCCGCCAGUUUAUAUUGGAUUCGGCUCUAUAGUUGUCGACGACCCGAACGCGCUAACGAAGCUCAUAUUUGAGGCCAUCAGUAUUGCGGGAAUUCGGGCGCUAGUAUCCAAAGGAUGGGGAGGCCUGGGCGCAGAUGAAGUUGGUGUUCCUGAAGGCGUCUAUAUGAUUGGAAACUGCCCACAUGAUUGGCUUUUCCAAAAGGUCUCCUGUGUUGUCCACCACGGCGGUGCCGGCACUUCGGCCGCGGGAAUCUACGCCGGGAAACCUACCGUCGUUGUCCCCUUUUUCGGCGACCAGCCUUUCUGGGGCGCCAUGAUUGCUAGGGCAGGCGCCGGGCCGGAUCCUGUGCCAUAUAAAGAAAUCUCCGCUCAGAAACUUGCGGAUGCUAUUGGCCUAGCACUGAAGCCCGAAGCGGCGACCCGGGCAAAGGAGCUGGGGAGGAAGAUUCGAGAGGAGAAGGGCGCUGAUAUUGGGGGUAAAAGUUUCCACGAUCGGCUCGACCUCAAGUCCUUGCGCUGCUCCCUGAUACCCUCACACGCCGCCGUGUGGAGGGUAAGGCGAACUGAGGUGCUACUCAGCCCGUUGGCCGCGGAAACACUUGUGCGGGAAAACACGAUUCGAUACUCGGACUUGAAACUCUGGCGGUCGCACGAGUAUAACACGGAAGGGCAGCCCUGGGAUCCUGUAUCCGCGGUCACUUCGUGCCUUGUCAUGGACUUGAGCGAGAUGGCGCUUGCCGUGGCCGACUUCCCCGUGGCAUUUUCCAAAGAUCUUCGCGGUGCUGGAACUAGCGUGCGGAGAAUCGUGACCACGGGUGUCAAGUCACCCAUGAACUUUUGCCUUGGUCUAGCUAAGGGGUUCCGAAACGUACCUAAAUUGUACAAUGAUGAGACUGUACGGCCGACAGAGAAGGUGACGGGGUUGGCGAGCGGGGUCAAGGUGGCCGGUAAGGAGUUUGGCCUGGGCCUAUAUGACGGCAUCUCGGGCCUAGUCACACAGCCCCUCAAGGGCGCGGAGAAGGAGGGCGGUAUAGGCUUCGUCAAGGGGUUCGGCAAAGGCGUGAGCGGUGCCUUAAUGAAACCUGCUGCCGCUAUCUGGGCAAUUCCCGCCUACACGAUGCAGGGCGCGUACAUGGAGAUGAAGAAUAGGUUUGCAAAGAGCAUGCACAACUACAUCAUCAGCUCGCGCAUGAUUCAAGGAGCGAAUGAUUUCGAAGCAGCCUCGGAUGAAGACAAGGCUCUAAUUUUCCGAGCGUGGCAUAGUUCUAAAUACGACCUCAAGGGUUUGUACCAGCUGAAGCUCAAGGAGGCGAAGGAGUCCAUGGACUCGGUGGCGAGCGAGGCUAGCUCUAGUCGAACAGCGCCGAGCGCUCAUCAUCACCAUUCCCAUGUGGACUUGGCGGCGUUACUGGCGCCUCGGUUCGGCAAGGAUUCAAUCGGUCACUUUGAUGUUAACGGCAAAAGGCUUCUCAAAGGCAAGCAGGCAUGGAAGAGGAGCUAUAUCGAAGCCGAUGUGGACCAAAAGCCCCACGAUGACGAAGAGUUCGAGAGGGCGAUCCAGACGUCGGUGCGCGAGACCUCGCAGGGCAAUGCUGAGGAGGAUCGAUUGAUUGAGCGAGCGAUUCGCGCCAGCGUGUCUGAGUUCCAGCGGCGGGGUUCACAACUCCCUAAUCCGCGGGAGAUGAUGGAUGUCAAGCGACCAGAGGGACCGAGCAGCGCGGGUACCGAGAGUACCGAGGAUGUCGAUCUCGAAAUAACAGAUGAAGAGUACCAGGCGCUCAUUGAGAAGGCGAUUCAGCAGAGUCUGAUACUCCAUGCCUCUGGACUCACAGGACCGAGACCUGGACACGGAGAUAGCGCAAGCGAGGAUGGCGAUGAGGAGCUCAAGGAGGCGCUCGAGCGCUCCAAGUCUGAUGCAUCAGCCCAGGCAGAGAGCGUCGAUCGGGAGGCUGAGGAGAUGAAGAAGGCUAUUGAAGAGUCAAAGGCUAACGCUCAUUUUGGGUCGCAAAGGCCCCGUUCUCACCGGCAGGAAGAGUCCAAGGCCACGCACGAAGCUGAAGCUACCCGGGCGGCUACGGCGAAGACGGAGGAGGAAAUUGUGCUAGAGUUUGUACGGAAGCAGAGUCUGGCAGAGGAGGAGUUCCGGAAGCAGAUGGCGCGCGAGAAGGGUAAAAUGCGAGAUACGGGGCCUGAGCACGAGGACCAGGGCCAAGGGAACGACCAUGAAGAUGACGAGGACGAGGAUGAGGACCUGAAAAGGGCUCUUGAGAUGAGUUUAGGACUGCACGAGGACGAGGAAGGUAGGAGCAAGGGAGGUCCCUCGACCUUGGGAUGA